AUGGCUGCCAUGGCAACUCCCAAAACCGUGUCAACAGACGUGAUCCAAACCACUGAGAUCAAGCAUGCUGACUCCGAGCACCUGGAAGAAGCCGAGGUCUUGCUCGACAAACAGCUAUUGCGAAAGAUCGAUUUUCGGGUUAUACCCAUCCUUGUCAUUCUCUUCACCUUCUCUCUGAUCGACAGGAACAUCAUCGCCACGGCCAGGGUGGCCGGGAUGGGCACCGACCUGGCCCUGGUGGGUAACAGAUACUCGGUGGCACUUCUGGUGGUGUUCCCACUGUACAUCCUCGUCGAGAUCCCGAGCAAUUUCAUCCUCCGGCGCGUCAGCGUCAAGAUGUUCUUCUUCGGGAUGGUCUUGUGCUGGGGCGCGGUGACCAUGUGCCACGCCUUUGUGAAGACGUUCUCGCAGCUCGUGGCGGUCAGACUCCUGCUCGGCCUCUUCGAAGGCAGCUUCCAGCCUGUGUGCAUCUACAUCGUCUCUUCCUGGUACACGCGGUACGAAACGCAGAGGCGCCUUGCAAUCUGGUUUGCUCUGGGCCAACUCCUGGCCGCAUUUACGGGCAUUCUCUCGUACGGCCUCAGCACCUUGGACGGCACCGGCGGCCUCGACGGCUGGCGUUGGAUCUACUUGGUCCCGGGACUGAUCACGAUAGCGCUCGCCAUUCCGGUUUGGCUGUUCGUCUGCGAAUUUCCCGAAAGAGCAAAGUGGUUGCAGCACGACGAAUUGGCUCGACUGAGGCUGUGGCUCGCCGAGGACCGCGCUGAGGUUCUCGAAGAAAAAAUGACCGUGGACAGAGCCCUGAGUGUUUUCCGGGACUGGAAGGUCUGGCUGCUGGCGAGCCUGUUGUUCUUCCUCACCUCGGCCGCGUAUACCAUGAGCUUUUUCACGCCCACCAUCCUCAGCUCCUUGGGGUUCAGCGUGGCCAUGAGCCAGAUCCUGGUCACGCCCCCGUAUGUCGCAGCGUGUCUGGCCAACAUUGCCACGGGGAUCGCCGCCGACAAGCUGCAUAUGCGAAGCCCGUUCAUCGUGGGCCACGUCCUUCUCACCAUGGCUGGAUUUGGCAUGAUCGGCUGGGGUCCCAACACCGGGGCGAAGAUGACGGGGAUUUACUUUUCCAUCAUCGGCUCCCAGUGCGCCAUCCCCGCCGUGUACACUUUCCUCGCGAACAACGUGGUCGGCACCACCAAGCGACAGAUCGCGGUGCCUCUCCAGACGGUUUGGGGAGGUAUCGGCGGCAUCGCUGGCUCCGUCUACUUUCGGCAGCAGGACUACCCCCACUAUCGGCCGGGACUAUAUGCAUCCUUCACCAGCCUGUCGAUUUGCCUGGGCUUGACGGCGUUCCUCGUGAUCUACUUCGUGAAGGAGAACAAAAGGGCAGACCGAGACGGCAAAAUCCUUGAAGGCGUCGAGAACUUUCGUUAUACUCUCUAA